CAUGAUAGAAGUAUUUUUAUUGAAUACCAAUAUAAAUCUACUUUCCAAUAUUUUACCAGAAUUUGCAUUAUAACAAUUUGAUUUUUCACUCAAAUCCAUUUUGAAUUCUACCAAAAACGACAAUUUUUUUCUCACAAAGGAAAAUGUUACAUCGCCGCCAUGCUCCGGUUGACAUAUGUAUUAUGUUCUUCUCAUAGAUCUGUCUCUGUUUCUACCGUCGCUUAAAUCUUUCAACUCUCUGUAGGCUAUUCUAUUCUUCACUCACUAUGGCCACUGGAGUUAACAGAAAAAUUUCUGCAGCAUCAGCUCGUUCUCACACCAGGAGAGCAAACAAAUCCUCCUCUUUUCACCUCCCUUCUGGAAUACUUAGAACAACAUUAGCAGUGUUGUUUAUUGGGUUUCUAGCAUGGGCUUAUCAAGUUACCCAACCUCCUCCUCCUAACAUAUGUGGCUCUCCGGAUGGACCACCUAUAACCGCGCCAAGAAUCAAGCUAAGAGAUGGAAGGUAUUUGGCUUACAAAGAGCACGGUGUUCCUAAAGACGAAGCAAAGUAUAAAAUCGUCUCUGUUCAUGGUUUUACCAGUUGCAGACAUGACGCAGUGGUUGCCGACACCCUAUCCCCUGAUGUUGUUAAGGACUUAGGGGUCUACAUUGUAUCUUUUGAUAGACCUGGUUAUGGAGAGAGCGAUCCCGAUCCAAAUCGUACGUUAAAGAGCAUUGCUUUGGAUAUAGAAGAGCUCGCUGAUCAGCUGGGAUUGGGGUCUAAAUUUUACGUGGUCGGUGUUUCCAUGGGCGGACAAGUUGUUUGGAACUGUCUUAAGCACAUACCUCAUAGGCUAGCAGGUGCAGCGCUCUUAGCGCCAGUCAUCAAUUUUUGGUGGCCUGAUCUUCCUGCAAACUUAGCUGCUGAAGCCUAUAGCCAGUAUAAGUUACGUGACCGAUGGGCUAUUCGUGUCGCACAUUACACGCCAUGGCUAACGUACUGGUGGAACACUCAAAAAUGGUUCCCAAUUUGUAGUGCGAUUUCCCGUAGUCCAGAUAUUCUUUCAAAACAAGACAAAGAGCUUAUAACUAAGUUGUUGGAUGAUAAAGAUAAUCAUGUGGCACAGGUAAGACAGCAAGGCGAAUACGAAAGCGUCCACCGCGACUUAAACAUUGGAUUUGGGAGCUGGGAGUAUACUCCUUUGGAUAUUCAAAAUCCAUUUCCAAACAACGAAGGUUCCGUUCAUCUUUGGCAAGGAGACGAGGAUAUUAUGGUUCCAGUUACGCUACAACGAUACAUUGUGCAAAACCUUUCCUGGAUUCACUACCACGAACUUCCAGGUUCUGGCCACCUCUUCCCUCACGCCGAUGGCGUGAGUGAGACUGUCAUUAAGUCACUUUUAGGCGUGAAGUAGGCUUCUGUAUUGGUCGCUGGCUAUCCCGGGUCAGCUUCGGCAUUUAUCAUCUCUGUUUUGGAGAAUUGAAACUGAAGAUCACAUAUUACAUUUAUAUAUGAUAAACUUUGAGCAAACGUUGAAUGCAGGAUGAAUCCAGUUGCUUCUUGAUGAAUAAAUAUGCAUGAUGUUCUUUUGGUUUUUCA